UCAUUGGUUGAAAUAAUUAUAAUCAGAUCGUGCCAUGUAAACAUACUGAUUGUUGCAGUAGUUUCAACUUUCAUUACAUGUGAAGUGUACUGGGCGUGUAUUUAAUUGCAUAUGUGUGACAUAACUGUUUAUGUUAACUUAGUAAAAUACCGUGAAAUAAUAUGUACACUUAUAUGUUUGCGUGCUUGCUUGUAUUCCUCAUAAGUAUAGAAACAUCGUCUGCACUGAAGACCGAACAUGUUCUUGAUUUGCAGAAAACCCGUGUAUGGGGUCCAGGACUAGAAUCGGAUUUUUUCCUUCCAGUUCGUUACUUUUUUAUUCAGGCAGUUUCUGAAAAUGGAGAUAACAUAACAGAAUCCAUAGGGGAGAAACCGUUUGAAGUAUCACUUAGCUCAGCUGGUCAGAAUAGAGUGCGAGUAUAUUUACAGGUACUCGACAAACAAGAUGGAAUGUACAUCGUCAGAUUCCGUAUUUUCAGCACUCUUGAAAACGUGAAAAUCAGUGUCACAUUCAAUGGAAAAGAUGUUGCACAAUCACCGUAUGAACUACCUGGAUUUAUAUACCCAGAAACGUGUUAUUGUCCUCAGCCAGAUAUUCAGCAAUGGUACGGUAGUAUGAAAUGUCCCGCGUCCUACAAACAGAUCAAGAAUGACCUUUCUCUGUUUAAAGAUGUUGACCUUGAGAAGACGGCCGCUGAAACUAUACAACGAUUUAAUAUAUCAACAGCACAUAGUCUUUGUUAUUACAAGAUAAUAGAUAAUAAGAUAUAUCGUAAAACAUAUGGUCAACAUGUUGGUUUUAAGAUGUUUAGUGAUGCCAUCCUGUUGUCUCUAACAAAGAAGGUUAAACUGCCAGAUCUUGAAUUUUUCGUAAAUCUCGGAGAUUGGCCUCUUGAGAAGAGGAAGCGGACUGACAACCCAUUACCAAUAUUCUCAUGGUGUGGAUCAGAUGAAUCUCAAGAUAUUGUCAUGCCAACUUAUGAUCUUACUGAGGCAACCUUAGAAAUGUUAGGAAGGCAAUCUUUAGAUGUAUUCAGUGUAAUGGGUAAAAGUCCAACCCGAUGGGUGAACAAGACUGAAAUUGGAUUCUGGCGCGGGCGUGACAGUCGGCAGGAACGGUUAGACCUGGUGGUGAUGUCAAGAAAAAAUCCUGAUUUACUUCAUGCCAAAAUGACGAGAAUGUUCUUUUUUAAACACGAUGAAGAGAAAUAUGGCGAGCUUGUGAACAAUAUUCCUUUCUUUGAUUUCUUUAAGUAUAAAUAUCAAGUUAAUAUAGACGGGACAGUAGCUGCUUACAGAUUGCCUUACUUACUGGCAGGAGAUUCCGUAGUGCUUAAACAAGAUUCGUUCUACUACGAACAUUUCUACAAAGAUCUUAAACCUUACGUGCACUACAUACCAUUCAAGAGAGAUCUCAGCGAUCUACUGGAGAAAAUAAAAUGGGCAAAGGAAAAUGAUGAGAAGGUACAUGAAAUUGCAAGGAAUGCACAAAACUAUGUUUUGGAAAACCUUUUACCCAAAGAUAUAUUCUGCUAUCAUGUGAAAUUAUUUGAGACAUAUUCCAAAAGAUUCAAAUCUCCGCCAACCAAACCUGAUGAUUCAUGGGAGUUAGUGGAACAGCCAAAAGAUGAUAGUAACUGUAACUGUCAAUUGAAGGAACAGCCUUCUAAGAAUAAAUCCAAAACUAAGUCAAAGAAAGAUGAACUUUGAUGAAAAUAGUAAUAUAGAACUAUGCAUUUAGUAUAUCAAAGUAGCUAUGCAAUGUUGUAAAGUCAUGGUGCAUAUUUUGUUACAGUAUUUUUUAUACAAAUAUAUUGAAUUAUACAUAUACAUUACAUUGCAAAAAGCCUUAAAGGUCUAUAGAAAUUUUUAUUUUAUCUGAGCACAAGAAAUCAAGCUUUUAAAGAUCCUGUAUGUUUUUGUGAUUGAUAUUGUGACUGUGUGUAUACCACACUUGCAAAAAAUUAUAUAUGUAUAUAAUUAUGCAAAUAAAACAAUUCUCAAACAUCCAAGAAUAUGUAAAAUGUGUAUUGCAAAUAUUUGUGCACAUUAUAUUUAAUCAAUAAAUUAUAUGCAUUCAUUUAUUAUUGGAAAAUUUGACUUAGAAUUUAUAGAAAAUAAAUUUCUAAUUACCUCCCUUUAUUUACAUGAAUUGUUAAAUUCAGUAAUAUUUUUAUAAAUAAUGCUUAUUGGAACUUACAAUAUUGACAAAUCUUAAUUUGAGCAUUAUAUUUAUGAAAUGAAACCAUGAAAAAAAUGUGUUACAGGAUCUUUAAAGAUUUCUGAGGUCUAUUGUGCGAUGAUCAUCAUUAUCCAAAAAUUCUUUUGAGAACAACAUGGCAACUCUUCAUUUGGUAGUUUUUGACCAAACUUUACAGAAAUGAAACUAUAAUAAUGAUUUAUAUGGUUAUGAUCUGGCCAUCCUUAAAAAAAUGUUCGUUUGCAGUAACGCGACCGACUCACAAAAUUUGUCCCUUCUCAAAAUUUUUUUUCAUGGUCUGAAUAAAAAUAAUUUUUUUUGAAUCAGAAAAUUAUGCCUUGUGCUUUGUUUUUGUUCUUUUAAAGGUUAAUGGAAGAAAUAAAAUGUAGGUCUUAUUAAAUUAGAAUUCAGUUAUCAAUUUAUUAAUUGUUACCAGAUUAUCAAAGCAUAUAUUGUCCAGCAUUUUGAAAUUCCAUGUUUAUUUGGGAGUACGGUUCAAUAAAAAAAAAAAAAAUCGACCUACCUACCCACCUUGAAAAUUCUGGGUCGGGUUACUGCAAACAAACAUUUUUUUAAGGAUGGCCUCUGAUAAAUAAUUAUAUCACGGAAGUUGAUGAUAAAUGUGAAAGCAAUAGUUUUGAAAAAUUAUGCUCCUUUUAACUUUAAAUAUUUAUAAAAAUUGGUUAUUUAUAGAAGGGUGCCAACAUCUAACGCAGUGUCCUUUGUUUCUGUUGAACUUUAUUGAACGUUUUUGUUUCUUGUCAAUAAUUUCAAAACUUAUUAAUGUACAAGAUUGAAACUUCAUAUGUGGAUACACCUUGUUGAGUUCUGUCUGUGGUUAAAAGCAAAGGUCGUUGUGACUUGUAAUAGGUCCACAUUCAUAGAAACUACCAAAGCUAUUGAGUUCAAACUUGAAACACUUGUUCAUUAUCAACAUAUGAUGCCAGGUCACAAGGACAUAAUAAUAAAAUUAUUAUCCAGAAAUUAUAUUUUGCAAAGUAAUGCACCUUUUUUCAAAUUUAUUGACCUUUUUAUGCCCUGGUUUACUUUUUUGUUUAGAUUAAUUUCAGUAUUUUUUUUAACUGCUUAACUUUUAUGUUAAGGUUAAUUUCUCAAAAAAAAAAUAUCAAAGAUAUUCAUUUGAACUUGGAAUACUUGUUCAUUGUAAAAAUUGGAAUGCAUUUCUUAACAGCAGAUAAAAUUCAAGGUAAUAUUUGUUUAAUUAUUUUCCUUAUUUUUUUCAAAAUCCAUCACAAAGAUGCCUUUUUCUACUUCUGCACUAUCAAUGACAGAUAAUUCUUUUCAGCAGUUUUUCAGAUUUGUGCCUCUGCUUUUAUCAUAUCAUAUAUUGAGAAAAGUGUAGCACACUGCUCCUUAGACAGCUUUUGUUGUUCUUUUGAUCAUUAUAUCUUUAACUUCCCUACAAGGUAAAGUAAACAAUAUAUAGAGAUUAUUAAAUUUUCAAGUUAAUAUAUGCUUUGUUUGAUUUUGUGCCAAAAAGGUGAAAAUAUUGUUAUGCUUCUUUUGGUCUUUUUCUCAUUUUCUACAAAGAUGAACAUUUUAUAUAUGUAUCUGUACACUUCUGUGGAUUAGAAAAGUAUAUUUAAUUAAAUUAAAUUAAGUCUUAAAUAAUUUUAAUGAAUUUCAGUAUAUUCUCAAUAAUUUCACAUCUUUACAUACAGUAUGUUAGAUAAUCCCAAUAAAUAUGUAUAGUUUAUUGGACAGGGAAGAUUUACACCAGGUGCAUUGCAUUAUUAGUGUUAGAUUAAAAAUCCCACUUAAAAAUGUGGAGAGAAUACUGUGAUGGGCUGGUCCAUACAUUUGUGUGACAGUCUGUACAUAUGCAUGACAGUGAUGUCCUGUUGUCCUUGUUCUAUCAUAUUCUUGAGAAGGAAUAAGCUAUGAAUUUUGUCAAUUGUUGUUAGAUCUAUUGUUAAUCAAAUUAAAGGUCAAUGAAAGGAU